CCCUCUUCGCGUCCUCCUCGUAUACAAACAAGUUACUGUCGAAUUGUUCUCGUUGCGAUCGAUUUGAUCGAUUUGUGAGAGCUGCGCUGCUUUUAUUGCUCGCAGGAGCCGGCCAAGACCGGCAGCCUCGACCCACCGCCCAAGUGCGCAUCGAAGCGCGGGCAGCGAAAGCGCUGCCGCGGGAGCCGGAGCCACAAACAAGCACCGCUGCUGCCACCACAGACGAGCACAAGGACCAAAAGUCACCAGACAGAUGAAGCGCCGCGCGCCCGCCGACGCAGCGGCGCCGCGGCGCAGCGCCCGCAACGACCCGGCCCAGCGGGCCCGCGUCGCCCGCGAGCGCGCCGCCGCGCAGGACCGGAGGGAGCGGGAGGCGCUGGACAAAGCCCUGGAGGCCGAAGCGAGGCGCAUCCAGAGGCUACCGGAGGUUGCUUUUGAUGCGGCCGGGGCCGCCGCCUCCCCAGAAGGCCUCGCGCGCUGGAAAUUGUCCGCCGCGGACCUCGAGGCGUUGCGCGGUGCCCAGGACGCGAUCGCGGCGCAAAUCGACAAGAUGCCGUGGGCCGGCGGUUCUGAUGAUGGAGAUAAACGCUGGCGGGGCUACGGCCUGCCGCCGGGCGCGCGGCGGCGGCUCGGCGCCUGGAUGGGCGAUAGGUUUCAUUCCUUCGAGACGCCCUUGGAGUCGAGGGCGGCCGAGGCAGAACGGAACUGGAGGAGCUGCGCGGACUUUGUGCUGACCGAGGCCGUCGAAGGUGCGGCGCGGCGCUGCGCUGAAAAUGCCUCAAAAGCGCUGCCCGCUCAUGCCAGAGAGCUCGCCCCCGCGAACCUAGUCGCGCUCCAACCGAACGCGCACGCCGGCAACCGGCACCUGCCGCGGCACCUGGACUGGCCGCGGCACGACGGCUUUGGCGCUGUGAUCAUCACGGUGGCCGUGCGCGGCGCCGGGACGGUGGUGCUCGAGGACCGUGAAGGGAAUAUUGUCCGCUUCGACCUGCCGGAAGGCCACGCGUACUGCCUGGCCGGCGCCGCGCGGCACGCGUGGCUCCACGGCGUCGUCGGGUCGGACCCGGACCGCGAGUCGCUCAAUUUGAGGUUCGGGCUCCACUCGCAUGCGCGGGCCCGGGCCGAGGUUUAUGAAAAGUGGGUCGACGCGGCCUGCGAUGCGGAGGGGCCGGCGGGGGACGACGGGCGCGGUGGGGGCGAGAGCGUGGCGCUUGUGUGA